AUUGAUUCAAUUGAUCUUGCCUGUUACAAAUGUGAGACCUUUUAUUCUAAGAGCUUUGGCUCCUGUCUGCUCCCAGAAUGUGAUAUUUGUUGUAGUCCAGGUUUUGAUACCUUUCAUUGUACAAAUAUGUCUGCCUAUGCUUAUCCUGGACGUGGUAUCCGUCCUGAUCUGGGCUUUGGUACAUGAGGCUGUUCUAUUAGAGGUGUCUUUUGCGGCACCAUAUGUGCAGCUCCAAGAAAUUCGAGUUCGGGCCUGGUUUGGUCGAAUCCAACAAGUAUUGUCUGUGAAACAUAAGCCUGCUGAAGAUCAGGAGCUGUUCCGGUUAAUGGAGGAAAUCAUUUCCAUCACGAAAGAGGUGAUUAAGGUUAUGGAUACCUUUGGUGCAGGUGAAUGUCUUUGGCACUCGAGUGUCUUGCCUGGUGCUUCUUUAUCUAGACGGGAUUCUGGUGGCGUUGGGAAGAAUGUUGUGGUGGGAUUUGACAAAGACUUGGAAGAGAUAAAGACUCGGUGGAUCGAUGAUUCAUCCAAACUUGAAAUCAUUUCAAUUGUGGGAAUGGGUGGUAUUGGCAAAACUACUCUUGCUAGACAAAUUUAUGAUGAUCCUUCUAUCUUUUAUCACUUUGAUACUCGUGGUUGGGUGGCAGUCUCUCAAGAAUAUUCCUUGCGCCAAGUCCUGCUAGGCCUUUUAGAUUCUACCAAAAUGCUCACGGAAGAAAUGCAGGAUGAGAGUGACCCACGAUUGGCUGAGUUUCUCUACAAAUGUCUGAAGGGUAGAAGAUAUCUCAUAGUAAUGGACGAUAUAUGGGAUAUCGAUAUUUGGGAUGCCGUGAGAAGAUUAUUUCCCGAUGAUAGUAACGGAAGUCGUGUCCUUCUGACUACUAGGCUAUCAGAUGUGGCAGUUUAUGCCAACUCCUCCAGCCGUCUUCAUCAAAUGCGAUUCCUCAAUGAAGCUGACAGUUGGAAUCUACUUUGCAAAAAGGUUUUUGGGGAAAAAGAUUGCCCCCCCGAACUUGAAGAUGUCGGAAGGGAGAUUGCACGAAACUGUGGAGGACUUCCUCUAGCAAUUGUGGUAAUUGGAGGUCUCCUGUAUAAGGACAGUAGAACAUGGAGGAACUGGAGAAGUAUAGCUGAAAAUUUAAAUUCAAUAUUGAGUAAAGAUGAUGAGCAGUGUUUGGAGAUAUUAGGUUUGAGUUAUAAUCGGUUGCCUCAUCGUUUGAAACCGUGCUUUCUAUAUAUGGGGGUUUUUCCAGAAGAUUCUGAAAUCCCCGUCUCCAAGCUCAUCAACUUGUGGGCUGCAGAGGGAUUCCUGAAACCAAGUACAUCUAAAACCUUGGAAGAGGUGGCUGAGGAGUAUCUGAAAGAUCUUAUCGAAAGAAGCCUACUCUUGGUAUGUAAGCGGAGUUGCAAUGGCAGGAUUAAAACAUGCAACAUCCAUGAUCUAUUAAGGGAUGUUUGUGUCCGAAAUGCUCAGAAGGAGAACUUUCUUCACGUUGUGAACUGGUAUGGAGAUUUAACUGAAGCAGGCAAUAGAAGGAGGCGUAGAGUAAGUAUACAUCCUGAUGCUCUAUAUGCUAACACCACUCAUCAGUUGAUAAGUUCUUAUUCCCAUGCUCGAUCGUAUCUAUGCACUGGUAAAAGUCUUACUUAUCCAUCGCUUGUCUACUUAGGUUUUAGACUUCUCAGAGUACUGGAUAUAAUCCUAAUACAUUUCUCCGAGUUCCCAAGUGACAUCAUUAGACUUUUUCAUUUAAGAUAUCUUGGUUUCACAUAUAACGGCCCACUUCCUCCAUCCAUAUCGAAACUUCGGAAUUUACAGACAGUUGUUCAUCAUAACUGGACAUUCGGAAAGUAUCACUUGCUUCCUAUUGAGAUCUGGACUAUGCCCAAUCUAAGACAUUUGUAUUGUAUGCCAAGUUGUUUGCCUGAUCCAGUUGGCGAAAUUCUUGCAAACAAUUUUGUUGUUCUGGAAAACCUUCAAACGCUUUUGGACGUAAGAAACUUCAGAUGUAGCAAAAACAUCCUCAAAAGAAUUCCAAAUCUAAAGAAACUGGGAAUUUCCUAUGAUGUCUCCUCUCAGGCAUACGUAGAUCGGUGGCAGUUCAACCUUGAGUCCCUUGCCAAUCUACAUCAACUCGAGACUCUUAAGAUCAUUAUUAAGAAUGAUCCUUAUCGAACAUCCAAAUUUGUGAAUCCACCAAAGCUUUCUUUCCCACGGAAGCUUAAUAGAUUAACUCUGAGUGGUUGUGGACUUCCUUGGGAAAGGAUGACAAUAGUUGGUUUAUUGCCAUGUCUUGAAGUCCUCAAACUGAAAAAGGAUGCCUGCCGAGGCCAAGAAUGGGAGACAGUCGAAGAGCAAUUUUGUCGACUUAAAUACCUGUUACUUGAAGAAUUAGACCUUGUGCAGUGGAGGACUAAGGAAGCACCCUUCCCCCGUCUUCAAAGCCUAAUUAUCAGGUCUUGCUUCAGACUAAGGGAGAUUCCUUCUGCUAUUGGUGAUAUAACGACGCUUCAAAUGAUCGAGUUGGUCGACUGUCACCCUUCUGCUGUGACUUGGGCAAAACAAAUACAAGAGGAACAAGAAAGCAUGGCAAAUGAGGAUCUGAAAGUUUGCAUUGAGCUGAAGCGGAGAAUCAAGGACAGGUUCAGUUCUCGCAUUCUUCGUUGAUAGGUGUGGAAAUCCUUGUUCUUUGCUGUCUGUUUUGUAUCUCUGUUCUGAUACUGAGUUUGAUAUCAAUUCAUCCAAACAUUUCUCAGCAAACAAGUUAUGUUCUAUUAUUCUGUCAUGGUAUAUUGCAAAUAAUUCUUUCACAGCGAACGAUAGCUGAAGACUAAGAACAACGACCUUGUUCCAUCAACUCCUUGAACCACUCAACUCUCUUCAGGAGGUUCUCCGUCUGUUGUCUGCUCUGGCCAUCUAGUUUGGAGUAUAGGGAGAAUGAAACAUGUUAUAAAGCUGCAAGAAAAGCUUCGGGUAUCCUGUACUGUUCCACUAUAUAUCGAUGAAUGACGUUGCAUAAAUUUUGUUA